AUGAUUGAUGGAUUAAAAAUAGUAACAAUCUUAGAAUAUACAACAACAUUAUGUUCAAUAUUAUGUUUACCGGUAAAUAUUAUAUUUUUAAUUAUGUUAUAUAAAAGGCAUAAACAACCAUCAUUGGCAAGUUCGUUUUUUAUUCUAUGUAGGCAUUUGACUGUUGCUGAUAUUUUAAUGAUGCUCUAUUCAACAAUACUUUUUAAAUUUCCUAUAUAUGGAUGGAUACCAUCAGAUUUUGUUUGGGAACUAAAAGAUUGGUCAGUUCUUCCAGUUCUUGGUGUUCAAUAUUUUGGACAUGCUCAAGCUAUUGGAAUUAUUGGAAUUGCAUUAAAUAGAUUCACUGCCGUUUAUUCACCAAUAAGACAUAGAGAUUUUUGGUGGAAAAAAAGUCAUAUAAAUCUUUUAUUAUUUCUACAAUGGAUAUUACCUUUAUUUUGUAUCUUGCCAUUAUUUUUUGCUGAAUUUAAGGUUGUCCUAAAUUCUCAUACAGGAGGAGUUUUAUUUUAUGCUUCUGAUCACACAUUUCAUCGUGUUUAUUUUCUUGGUAUGUCAGUUUUGGAUGGUGGUAUAAUAAAUGCAUUUGUUAGUGUAUUGUAUGGAAGUAUAUUUUAUCAUAUCAAAAUGCAUGUGACAAUAAAAAAACCUCAUGAAAUUGCAUUAAGAUUAGCUUCAUCGGGAUUUCUAAUAUUUUUAUGUUAUUUAGCAUUGGGAAUAUUUUCUUUGUUAUCAGCACUAGCACCACCAACAGAUCCAUGGAUGUAUAGGACGAUAUGGUUUAUUGUUAAUGAUAUUUUAUGUAGUACAAAUGCACCUAUUUUAUUGGCAUUAAAUAAGCCAAUUAGAAAAGAAUUUUUUAAAGUUAUUGGAACAAAAAAUAAGAGGAAUAUUAAAAGGAAAGAAAACUUACUUAUUGAACAUGUUUAA